AUGAGAUGCUGGAAGGAGGGGCGGUUUGUUCCAGGCAAACAUUUGACGUAUUGGCCAGCCGUUUUCUCAUGCCCACUGAAGCUAAAAGGGAGGGGUGUUGCCUGCCGCAAAUUCAGCGGCAGGAGGAAAACUGUGGUGUAUGAGCACAUUGCUCAUGAGGACUUCUUAACAAGGAAAGGAAACUCCAUAAAUUCGAUUCUUAACCACAGCUAUGUCAAUGAAAAAAUGUGCGAGAUUAAUUCCCUGUUGAAGGGGUGCCAUAUUAGCUGCCGAACGCAACAUGGAUUCUCCAACGAGAAGGGAAGUGACAACGAACACAUUGAUCAGGUCAUUAAAAAUUUGUACAUACUAUGUGUGAAGGGAAAUAUUGAUACAUCUGACGAUCGCAUGAGAAUUGCCUUUAACUAUGACUUUAGUGAGCGGCACCCUUGGGGUGGAAGUGACAACUCGGGCGGAAGUGACCACUCGGGUGGAAGUGACCACUUGGGUGGAAGUGACCAUUUGAGGAAAAAUGUUUUUUCCUUUUUUAAGGAGGUCAUACGUUACAUGUAUGGGUUGAUUCAGUCAGACAGCGAGCUGUACUACACAGAGAUUGACAACAUGAACAGGUGCAUCAACAUAUGCACGCACUUUUUUUUCGGGAAGAAGUUCUGCCCACGGAAGAAAACUUACCAUUAUGACAUAGACGAGGAUGUCGUUUAUCUGUACAGCAUGAAUUAUAUUUACAUAAAGCAUAUAGCCACGCUUGGCGAUAUGGUACGCGCCAAGGGGGGAUCCACCGAAGAGGACUGUCCCCCAGGGAACUCUCCUAACGAGGGGUUGUUGCCCCCCUCCCCCCUGGGUGAUGUGUGUGCAGCGAAACACGAAUGGGAAGAAGGCAUGUCGGGUGACUAUGGCAGUCACAUUGGAGGGGCACCUGGCCAGCUUCGCACACACACUGGGGAUAUGCUAGGCAGUUGUGCGGACAAGAACACCAGGGAGAAUUCCCUCGCCACAGACAUCGCACGAAGGCACACACAGUUCACGAAGGACUUUCAUUUUAACUUCCACGCAGUUGACACAAUUUAUGUACUGUACAAGUUCUACACACACUUACUUUUAAAGAAAAAAAAACAAGCAAGGAAGGAACAUGUAUUCCUUUUUCUCCCCGACGUACGAGACAACAUUACGGACAUUCUGCUCAACUUCAUUCGCACACUCAAGAGGGAGACCAGCCAAAAUAAAGGGGUAACAAAUAAAAAAAUAAUCGCUUCCUUGGAGAGAGUGCUAAUACUGGGGACAGCCUUCGAGGUCCCCUUCGCCUUGAAUCCCUUUCUACUUUAUCACUGCAAUGUUUUGCUGUUAAACAAGUUCGACUUAUCUGUGCUAGACAACGUAAAAUUGUUAGCCCUUCUGAGGCAGCUCCACCGGGGAAGCGCGGCGGGGGAAGAAGCGGAAAGGAGAAGGACGCCGCUCACGGGGGAAGAAGCGGAAGUGACCGAAGCGCCGCUUCAACGGGGCGGCGACAACUCCUUUGACCAGCUAGCCAAAAUAGACAACCCCACCUGGGACGAUGCGAAUGUAGGAAAUUCGGCUGGACUCCAGGCAAGCAGCCACCUCUUCGUGGAAAACAUGAUAAAGUUAAUUUUUAACAACUUAAAAAAAUGCCUACACAACGCAAAGGGGAACGACCUGUGCAUGUUGAUGCCCGCAGUGUACGCAUACCACAAGUACAUGGAUGAGGAAUUAAAAAAUAUAUUAACCGUUCAGGUGAUUUGCAACAAGGAAAGUAUGAACGCAGCGAACAUGGUGAACAUUUUACGAGUGUUUUGCAAAAUGGGAUAUAAGAAUGAACUUAUUGACAAGUUUGUAUACAACAACAUGAAGUUUGUAACUCAUGGGAAGGACAACCAAUGGAAGGAUAACUCCCCU